CCCUAGGUCUAGUGCGCAGCUGCCGUCUUCACCGUACCGUUUCUUCCUCCGAGUUGUAUCAUUUUGAAGAUGACGACCCGCUUCAAGAAGAACCGCAAGAAGAGAGGCCACGUCAGCGCCGGGCAUGGUCGUAUCGGGAAACACAGAAAGCAUCCUGGUGGUCGUGGUAACGCCGGAGGUAUGCACCACCACCGGAUCCUCUUCGAUAAGUACCAUCCUGGUUACUUCGGCAAAGUCGGUAUGAGGUAUUUCCACAAGCUCAGGAACAGGUUCUAUUGCCCCAUCGUCAACAUCGACAAGCUAUGGUCCAUGAUUCCCCAGGAGGUGAAGGAUAAGGCAGGAAAGGAUGGCGCUCCGAUGAUCGAUGUCACUCAGUUUGGUUACUUCAAGGUCCUUGGGAAGGGGGUUUUGCCUGAGAACCAGCCAAUCGUGGUGAAAGCUAAGCUCGUGUCCAAGAACGCUGAGAAGAAGAUUAAGGAAGCAGGCGGAGCGGUCCUUCUUACUGCCUAGAGGUCUUGUUUCCUUGGGGCUUUGUCAUUUUUCACCAAUAUAACAUUGAAACUGUUGGGAGAGUGGAGCUAUUUUCGAUUGUUAUAAAUGUUUUAUCCCUUAGAGACCUGUGCUUUGAUGGCUUUUGUUAUGAAUGCGGUUUUCUGUUUGUGCAACCUUAGAUCUGUGUUUCAAAUCUGCUUGCUACAGUGGCGAUUUUCUUGAUGUGGGUAUGUGAUUCAGAUGUUGGAGAAUGGGCUAAUUUAGUUUUCCGACUGAAAUUUUGUCUAGCAUUUUUUCUUGGCUGAAUGUUGUAUUACUCUAUGGUUUGUGGCUUGGCUGACUAGUUUGGCUUACUUGGUUUUUGGUGGCAAAAUUGCUGCUUGCUGUAACCUGUGAAUGACGAGCAACUGAGGUUGCUAAAUACUUGUUGCAAUAAUUGGAAGGGUUAUUAUCUUUUUGGCUGUUGUGUCCUCUUCGUUCCAUGCUUUUGCGUCGUGAAUGUUAUUUUUGGGCUAAGCCUUGGCAGUAUGGUCGAUUUGGUUGAAAUGCCUGCCUUGUGUGUUUCUGUUGUCUAUGAUAUUCAACUUUGCCAAGUUGUUGUGAGCCAAUAUUGUGCUACAGGGGAUUGGUCAAUAUAUGUUGCAGAGGAUAUGUGGUUCAGGAGGUUUUUCCUUCUCAGCGAGUGAUUGUCUCUUGCCUCUCUCUCCGCAUCUGGAAUAAGAGGUGAUGGUCUUCGUUUGUUGUGCGUCUUGGUUUGGUUGUUGCCUGAGUCGAAUGUUUAGUAAGGAUAUAACAUAUAUGUAGGUUAUAAGGUGGAACUGUUGGAUAGGUUUUGCUCUCUUGGCCUGGCCUUGCCUUUCUGUACUAGAAAUCAUGAUCCACCCCUUUCUGUUUUGCUUCUGAUAUGGAGAGCCACGAUAAGAAUGAAGAAAAACUCGUGAUUGCGUUAGGGGUACUGAUACUAUAUCAAAUGAUUAAUGAUAACCCGAAUCUCUGCGACAGGAUUCUUCUUUGUUCGAAAAGAGCAGUCCACAGUGAAACUGUUGGAUAGGUUUUGCUCUCUUGGCUUGGCCUUUCCUUUCUGUACUAGAAAUCAUGAUCCACCCCUUUCUGUUUUGCUUCUGAUAUGGAGAGCCAGUCCACAGUUUUAUAACAUUUGAUGGAUGGGGUGUGAAUUGGCUGAUGGAUGAUGUCAUGCAGUUUGCUGCUGUCGGGAUGCUGUUUGACCAAUUGUUUAUUGGCCCGACUGUGUCACUUUUCGCUUGUUAGCGGUGCAACGAGCAAGGGUGUGAUCCGAGAAGAUGUUGCUCGAAGCUAGUUGAAUAAUUUGUUGUUCGAGAAGAUGUUGUCGAAGCUUGUGCUUGGCAUGGAAGUGAUAUCUGAUACUUGGUGGCUAAAGUGAUUUCCCUUCCCAGUUUUGGUUGGAAGCGCAAAUUAGGAGGAAAAGGAAAAUUUGGAGGGGAGGAAAAAGGAGGGCGAAAAAUUAAAGAAAAAUGUUGUUUUAUG